CUCUCUCGAGUCACUCCUCUCUUCUCUCACACACACCCUUCGCUUCUUAUCGAUACGACUGAUAGAGAGCAACAUCAAUAUCAUCUUCGAUUACCUUGUUAGGGCUUUUCGUCUGCAGAUUCUUCACACAAUGCAUAAGUUGAGUAGAAGCAACCGAGACAAAGUUCAGCAGUUCGUGGCCAUCACUGGAGCUAGCGAGAAGAAUGCUCUUCAGACUCUUAAAGCCAGUGAUUGGCAGCUCGAAGCAGCUUUCGACGUGUUUUACAGCCAGCCCCAGCCUAGAAGCAAUGCUGAUGUUAGACGCUUGGAGGAGCUCUACAAUAGAUAUAAAGACCAGUAUUCUGAUAUGAUUCUAGCUGAUGGAGUCUCGAUUCUGUGUAGUGAUCUUCAGGUGGAACCUCAAGACAUUGUCACGCUGGUUCUUUCGUGGCAUAUGAAUGCUGCCACAGCGUGUGAAUUUUCCAGGGAAGAAUUCAUCGGUGGAUUACAGGCAUUAGGUGUAGAUUCCAUUAAGAAGUUGCAGGAGAAGCUGUCGUUCAUGCGUUCCGAGCUUAAAGAUGAACAAAAGUUUCAUGAAAUAUACAACUUUGCUUUUGGUUGGGCGAAGGAGAAGGGUCAGAAGUCUCUUGCUUUAGAUACAGCGAUUGGGAUGUGGCAGCUGCUCUUUGCGGAAAGAGAGUGGCCAUUGUUAAAUCACUGGUGUGAUUUCUUGCAGGAUCGUCAUAACAAGGCCAUAUCUAAGGAUACAUGGGAACAGCUCCUGGAAUUUGCAAGGACGGUGGACCCAUCAUUGUCGAAUUACGAUGCAGAAGGAGCGUGGCCUUACCUCAUCGAUGAGUUCGUUGAGUAUUUGUAUGACAUGAGCGUUGUUGAAAAGUAACUUGUCAACUGAGAGAAGUAAUCAGCUCUAUUUGACAAUGUUCCAUCUCGUUAUUUUUUACAAUAUUACUUUUGUUUCUUUGUCAGAAUCCAACAAUCUGCUCUUCUAUCUGUUGUUAGUGUUACCAAUAAUCACCGCAGGAACAAAAAAAAGAAAGAAAGAAUCAAUA